AUGAGUUCUAUGAAAACGAGAAAUAAGGCUAUAAAACGUGAACAUCGUGAAAGGCCACAAAUAAAAGAACGUGCUAAUCUUGGACUUCUUGAGAAAAAAAAAGAUUGGAUAAAGAGGGCAAGAGAUUUUCAGGAGAAGAGAGAUAAAAUAAGAGAAUUAAGGGAAGUUGCAUUGUCAAAAAAUCCUGAUGAGUUUUAUCACCAUAUGAUAAGGAGUCAAAUAGGAAGAGAUGGUAUUCACAGAGAUUUUGAUAUGGACCAGGUUUUGGGAAAAGAUGCUAAAGAUUCGGAAAGGAAUCUUAAAAAAGAUCUUUGUUAUGUUACAUUUAAAUUAGUUAAUGAAAAGAAAAAAAUUGAUAAACUAAAAGGAUCUCUUCAUUUAGCAACAAUUGGGAGACCAAUUAAUAAGCGUAUUGUUUAUCAAGAUGAUUCCGAUGAUGAUGGACUAAUAGGAAUAGUUGAAGAAAGUAAAGUUUCUCUUCCUGAUUCUUCCCAAAAAUUACAUGAAAUGAAUGAAAGCUACAAACUUCUAGCAGAAAAAAUAAAAAAAGUAAAGGAGUUAGAAAUUGUUAAAAGAAAAUUAGAAAAACUUUUACAUAAAUAA